GUUUAGUCUAAGAAUUGCAAAUGGCGGCUCUUGUUAUUGUUCCGUAGCGUAUACAAAAUUUCGUUUUAAAUAUGUUAAAAUUUAAUUAUAUUUCGUAAAAUGUGUUUUAUCAUUGGUGAAAAUAAUGAAAGUGAUGUGUGUACGAAGUGCGGAUAAUAUAACAAUCGUGUUUUAAUGGAUUCAACCCCCAAAUUAACGGAUAAAUGUAAGCUGGAUUGGUCUACUAGCAGCCUUAUGCUAUAGUCCAUUUGUGUAACAGCAUGGGAGCUCAGUGAAAUGGGCACGCACAGCGAUGGUUAUGUGGAGCAGGAAUUGCUUACGACUUUUGUCACUUGUGAAGGAGAUCUCAGCGACCCGCAAUUCAACGCUAAAUUCGCCCGAUUAUUAAAACAGUUGCAGAAAUUACUGCUAAAAGAUCCCGGUCAAUACCUAGGGGUGGUAAAAGUAGAACCAUGGAAUUCCGUUCGGGUCACGUUUACUGUACCGAAAGAGGCAGCACUCAGACUGAGGCAGUUGGCCCAGCAAGGAGACGCGACGUUAUCGCAACUGGGUAUAUUAUCAGUUCAACUGGAAGGAGAUCAGGCAAUAUCGUUACGAAUAGCCGGACGCGUUGGCGGCGAAUCGCGCGAGAUCGUGUUACGUACGUCGACGACACCGGCGACAGCGUCAGUGUCAGUUGACAACGGUGCCGAAGCUGGCUCGAGCAGCAGCGGCGGUGGUGGCGACUUGGGUACCACGGAUGCGGUCGCAGCUUUGGCCGCGUUCGACCAUCAUUUGAUCUCAAAAAGCGUACCGGCGUCGACAGCCGGUGCAACGGCGUCGUUAUUCAAGACCAUGACGCAGGUCACCACGGCCGCCGCCGCCAUGUCCGCGUUUAAAAGUCCAGCUGUACAGUCCGGCUCUGGGCUUUCGUUCGGCGGCGUCAUGGCUUCACCUUCUGCUACCGCGACUGCUGCUAAUGGGGCGCCUCCGAAUAAGAUCAUCGGUACUGGAACGGUGCCGGUGUUGGCGAGGAAUACCACGUUGCCGCAUUCAUAUCAUUCUCCUUUCGUGUCUACGUCUGCUUCGACGUCUGCUGCGGUGGCCGGCGGCAGCGGAUUAUCCCAUCAGACAGCCAUCGUCGAAAACAGUCACCGGUUCUCGUUGCCACCUCCGCCGUAUCCGAACGCAGCAGCUUUAGCCAAACAACAACAACAACAACAGCAGCAGCAACAACACCAGGUGACCUCUGCUAUGGCCAGUGCGGCGGCCGCUAAACCAACGAUACGAACGGUAGCAGCGUUAUCGGAUGAUCUUCUAAGCGGCGGGUUGCCAUCUACCACCAAUGCUAGUCCUGCCAACGUUGCUCUUUCCAGCCCGCUGUUGGUGAAUUUGUUACAAAACGACGGUGUUCCUAAUAGUAAUAAGAUUGCGGCGGCAGCAGCCGCAGCGGCGGCCGCCUCCUCAUCCUCAAAUUCUACGCAAGAUAAACAUAGAUUAAAACAGUCGUCUUCUUCGCCUCAUAUCAAAACCACCGUCGUUUUACCGUCGUCGUCGUCUUCGUCCAGCACCGCGAACGUCGGCGGCAUCGUCAGCAGACGAAAGGAUAUGGUCGCUCAGCCCGAUCUAAUGGUGCCCUGUAGUCAAACUUCGGAUACCGGCGCCGGCGUCAGCGGCGAAAUGCAGCAGCAAGUCAUACAACGUAUCCAAAGAGCGGCAACGGCGACGGCGGCGGCUGCGUCGUCGGAGAAUAAUAAUUUAACCAUGGUUACCAAUGUUCGAAUACCUGUUGUAGAAUGUCCUACUGUAACUAAUCCUUCUCUGUCUUGUACUUCGAAUAAUAAUCAAUCCGCCGCCGCCAACACGACGACCGAUAUCGCUGCUGUAUCGUCGGCGUCCGCUCCCUCCUCCUCCUCCGCCGCCGCUACUUCUGCCGGUAAUGGUAAACUACCGACUAUGAAUCACUUAACCACAGUCACUGCCAAUGUUAAGCAAGCCUACACCAGUCAAAAUCCCGUUGUAAAUAUGUUCCAAAGGCAGGUAGUUGCCGCCUCUACGUCGUCGUCCGCGGCUAGCUCGAAAACCGUUCCGACGACCGCGUUGAUAAACAACCAGUUAGCUAGUAGAAUUACGUAUAGCCAUAAUGAUAAUCAACAAUUGGUAACUUUGGCCGGCGGCCAUCAGUCACCUCAUCCGCAAGCUAAAUUCGGCGUCCGCGUCAUAAACGUUCAACAACAAUCGCUGCCGCAACAACAGCAACAGCAAUUGUUUCACCAAUCUCAACAACUAUUACAGAAACAAUUGCUCCAGCAGCAACAACAACAGCAGCAGCAGCAGCAUUUACUGUAUCAACAGCCUCAACAACAACAACAACAACAGCAGCAGCAGCAAUUCAACGUCGGUGGAAACGCUGUGCAACAACAGCAACACGCUAAAUCUGUGAUAUUACAACAAAACGUAAUCGCCGCUUCCGGUGCGUCGAAAAUGGGCUUCGUAGGUGGUCGAAUGGUGACGUUGGCAUCGUCGCAACAACAACAACAACAUCUUCAUCAGCAGCAACAACAUCAACAGCAGCAGCAGCAACAACAACAGCUGAACGACCUGGCAAACGACGUCGGUUUAUUUAAUCCUGGUGCGAGCGCCGAUUUAGUCGAUAGCGUCGUUGAUAUUUUGGGAGCUGUAAACGCCGAUUCGACUACAAGCGGUAAAUUAGAUCACACGUCUUUGCAAAUACCAAGCAAUAACAUGGUACAGUUUGUGAAAUCGUUCGCCUUGACGGCGCAGCAGCAGCAGCAACAACAGCAGCAGCAAAUGGUCUCGAUGGCGGCGAAAUUGAACGCCGGGCCGAAAUUGAAUAACGCCGCUUACGGCGUUCUAUCAUCAGCGGGUCUCCCUACAGGGUAUCAUAGCGCUGUGGUUACCAGUACCAAUGCAGCGUACAACCAUCAGUCUUUAGGUGAUAAUCAAUUCGACUCGAUCGACGGGUCGGAUUUGUUUACGACGACGACGACCGCUCCGACGCCCACCAACGGAACGACGAUUUUAGCCGCGCAACAAGCACCACCUCCUCCGCCUCAUCCUCAACAACAGAAAAUUUACCAAAAUGCGACGCUGCAGCAACAUCACGCUGUCGCCGGUAUUGCUAAUCAACAACAACAACAGCAUCAGCAGCACCUUCAAUAUGCUACUACGCUUCAGCAGCACCAACAACAGUUUCAGUUGGUUCAAGGACAGGCGCAACAUCAAGGGCACCAGUUACCACCGCAAUAUUCGUCUCGAUACGUUGUAGCGACGGAUAAUGCGACGACAGCACCUCAAAUGAAAGGUCUAUCGGCUGACCAAAUGAGGACCAUGGCGCCUUCAUCGUCAGCUGUGGCUGUUCAACAGCAACCCCCACCGCCUCCUUAUUCCAGUAGCAGUGGCUCCAUGAACAGUAAUCACGCGAUUAGCGGCGGUAAUGCGACGACGACGACGACAACGACGUCAUCAUCAUCGUCGUCGUCAGCUGAGAAAGAGCCUCAAUUCUUGAUAAAUCCGCUCACCGGUGAAAUGGAGCCGAUGCCGAAUGAAGGUUCGGAUAACGAAGAAAACGAUAAUCAAACAACCGACAUAUUCAACUCGUUACCACCGUCGGUCGCUCAAAACGAUGACUCGUGCUUUAGUUUUUCGCCUCCUUCGUCGGCAGCGACGCCGAUGCCAUCGUCGGUCGCCAGUAACGAGAAAUCGUCGUCGAUGUUGUUCUCGGAUGAUAACGACGACGACUCGAUCUCUCGAAUGUCAUCACCGGCUGCUCGAAAACCACUGGCGACAACCUCAGAAGAUGAUUCGAAUAGCGGUAGUGGAGAUGUUAAACCUGCGACGACGGCUUUCGGCGGCGAUUCGUUCGUCUCCGGUGGCGGAGCAGGUGCCAGUGGUAGGCAUCGUAUACUAACGAGUACUUCGGGUUCGGCGUCUUCCGGCGGAUCCGGUAGCAGUGGAAGCGAGAAGAGCGAAAUUAAGAUCAGACUGAAGCUGGGUAAAAACGAACCUUUAUCUGGCACCGGCACCUAUAAAGUUGACGUAUUGAACACGACGAAUAAAAAACUAGAUAAACCAACUAGUAUAGUUAAACCGAUGCCGAGAGUGUUGACCAACGUACCCGCGUCUCAAUCGGGUCAACAACAACAAACCGUGAUGAACGCGGCGACCGUAGACGAGCCGAGAGUACCACCUAUUCGACUCUCGUUACGAGGUGCAAAAAUCGGCUUCGUUAAGAAAACCAAAAAAUGGUCGGACGAGAGUAAAGAACCCGCAUCGACGAUAUCGGCCGACGAAACGUUACUCGAAAAGAAAUCGUAUUUCAAGAAUAAACUAUCACCGAACGAAAUCGUCGCCGAUGAUUCGUCGAUCGACGCGUACGGCGGCGGAAAAUCGCCCGCUUCGGGUACCGCCAUCGUUGCUGCCAAACUAUCAUCGCUAGGUGGCGACGACACCGAAGAGCUUAAAGUUAAAUCGACGGCGAAAACGAGAAAAUCAUCGGCUUCCGUCGUAACUGCUGCCGCCGCCGUUAUAGUCGAUUCUGCCGGCGCCGCGAGUGAAGAAGCGCAGCACUCAGCGUUGAGUGGGCUGUCGAGUGCUGAAAACUCGUCGAAUGAAAUCAGCAAUAGUUCGCCGUAUAACGUUAUUUUACCGGCGGUACGUACAUUUCCCACCGAAGCGGAGGUUACGUCCAUAUUGAGAUCUGUACCGUCGGACGCGCCCAACAAGAUGAGUUUAACUAGCGUAAAAAUCAAGAAGAAAGAACGAGUCAACAAGAAGGUAUUCUCCAGAGAUCGUAGCUCGAUGUCGUCCGUGCACGGCGACGACUCUACCGAUACGUUUACCAGAGUUCUCAAUGAUACCAAAUGCACGCUGUCGUCGCAGUCUUCGCGAGGCAAUAAGUCCAAGUCGAACGCGUCGUCGUUGCUGAAAACCGUCAUGAAGUCUUCGGCCGCCAAAGAAGCUAGAAUGCUGAAUUUGGCCAAUCGUAAUAGACAGACAGCUGCCGGACAAGAUAACACCGGUCCGGUUGUGAUUAGCGGGAAAGCUGCGUCGAUCCAAGGUCACCAGAGGAGAGCUAGCGCCGAUAUGUCAUGUUCCGUUGCCAUAACGCCAACCAGUUUCACGAACGCGAAAACGAGCCAAAGAUCAGCGUCUGUAUCGUCGGACCCAUCACCAUCGUCAUUUUCCGGUACUGCGCAACAAUUCGUGCCAUCUUCACCGCAUUCAGCCAAUAAUUUAUACCCGUCGAAUACCAGCAGUAAUAGUAAUAACAGCAGCAACAACAACGCUGGUGGCAACAGCGCCGGAAACAACGCUAAUAGCAGUAUAAAAGAUAGCAGCGGUAAAAAAUUCAUGGUGAAUAACUUAGCAGCGACAUCUGCGACUGCCGGCGCUGCUUCUGCUUCGUCGAACGUGUCCGGAACGACGACUGCGACGAAGAAAAUCGCUAAUAAUUGUAAAACUACGACGACGAUGGCGACAUCGGCGCUGAAAUCCGGCACGACGACGAGCUCGGCUCAGUCGGCAUCGGCAGCUGUGGCGGAAAUGCGUAAAGAGUACUUGGUCAAUCACGAUAUCAGCGGUUCGAGUAAAAAGAGUCAUUAUAUUAAGAAAACCACCCCGAUGACCGCGUCCAUCGAUCAAAUAGACGCCGUCAAGCAGCAAAGCAUCGUUGUAAAUUGCGUGCAACAAAUUGAAACAUCGACGGCGGCGUCUACGGCUGGUGCGACCACAACGACAGCCACCUUACCAACCACGCAUUUAGAUUUAUCCGAGAAGGUGAUGAAACAAAGGCUGCUGGAAGACGUUUCAGCGUCGUUCGGCGAGCCUCAGAGGAAAAAGCCGAGACUAGAUAGCAGCGAAACGAUGCUUAAAAAUGGUCCCGUACUCGAUCGACUGAUACCCGGCAGCGGCGCAGGUGGCGGAAUCGUAUCGCCGGGUCAAAAAGACGCCAGCAAUGGUUCGUCGAACGAAGCCGUGAAUACGGCGCUAGGCGGCGAAAGUCCGUCAUCCGGUGCCAAUAGCGAACAUACCAAUAACCAAGGCGAAGACUCGGGUAUCGAGUCGAUGGACGCGCUAUCCGAAAAGAGCCCUAAUCAAGGCGAAAGUCCUUGUCGAAAAGAAGAGAAAGACGGCCACGGCGACGCGACGAAUACCACCGUUUCGGCAGUGGCCAAUCAAAGAGAGAAAAAGACCUCGAAUGUGUAUUGUGAUAAACCAAGUACCGCAGCCGAUAGCUACGGCAGUGCUUCGCAGUCGGUCAGCGAUAAAACGCUGGUCGCCGAUAACGAUAUAAGCAACGUGCCGAUAGUGACGAGCUCGUGUAAUAUUUCAUCCGCCAAAAUGAUCACCACGUCAUCGUUAGCGUUGGCCAAUUGCCUGGAAACGUCGUCUUCGUCGCCCGAUGUCGCCGAUCCGAGCAACGCCGCUGAUAAAGAUGAUAAAGCGCCGUCGUACGAACGAGACGACACGAUGUCGCCGGAUCUGGACGACGUGCAACCGUUUCGAGUUACGCCCGCGUUGUAUACGUACUCGAAUCCGGAAAAAAUGCGCGUCGAUUCGCCGUCGCCGGUGUUGGAAGAUAUCGCCGAUGAUAUAUCGCUCAGUCCGAAACCGGUCGUGAUUUUGGAGCAACCUAAAACCUCGACUAGGCUGAAACGUAAACGAAAAGAGGUCCAUGAUCCGAUGUUUGUCACCACCGAGAGGACCAAAAGUUCGCCUGGUAAAUCAUUACUGGAACAAUUACUGAUCGAUAUACCCUCGGAUGGUGGAGUAGAAAUCAGAAGAACUGGUAUGUCGACCAGAAAUACGAGAUCUCAGCUUAAAGGAUUAAGUCAACCGAGUCCGGAUACGUUAUCGAUGUGCUCAACAUCGUCGUCGUCUUCGAUAAAAACGCCUAAAUGUAGUCCAGUGCCAAGGUCAUCAGAUGACACGCCGAGUAAACCGAGUCCUCGACCUUCGAGUCGAUUAACCUCCAGAAGAUCUCGAAAAGGUUCGGAGAGCAGUAACGUCUCGAACGGCGAUGAAACCGUUUCGUACGGGAGAGUCGGUAAGAGAAAAUGUUCCGAGAACGCGAGCAGCGAAAUAACCAAAGGCUGUAUCGGUUUCGAAGAUCAGAACGGCAAAAAGGUGGCGAUCUCGGCGAACACGUCUAUAGAAGCAUUUCGCACGACGAUCAGCGAAAACAACGUAGGUGGAACACCGACGGUGGUCGUCAGCAGUACGAAAACCAACGUUACUAGGAGUAGUACGGGAGCCAUAAAUAAACGCUUGAAUAACCUAGUCGGCGGCGAUGUUACGCAAAGCACACCCACCAGACAUGUGGGCAAAAAACGAAAAGGUAUCGGCGACACUCCGGUAAAUAGAAAAAGUAGUUAUAGUAAAUCGAACGAUAACGACCUUGCUCUUAUUCAGGUGGCGGCUGGAUCGGAACGAGACGAACUAGUAUCCGAGCAGCGCAGAUCAGUAAACGUUACGUCGACCACAACGCCACGAGGUAACAAUCGUCUAUCGUCGAAUGUAAACAACAACAACACCGGUAGCGCUGGAGCUGCUACGACUCCAUCGAAGCAGCAGACGACACCGUCGACGUCGAGACGCAGCGUACGACAGAAUCACGUUACUCGUCGACCUCGUAAAUCAGCGGCGACUACGGCGGCUACAACGUCGGAGUUGGCAUCUGCCAGUCUGGUCAACAGCGGUAGCGGUAGCUCAUCGGCUCCGGCCGCCGCCGCCGCCAAUAACAACAAUAAUAAUAAUAAUUCAAACAAGAAUAAUAACGUGAAAGCGAACGCGACGACCGUUGCCGCAACGGGAAGCGGUUCGAAUACUACCACCGGCGCUACAGCGACGGACCAUUGUAAAAAUAAUGUAAACAACGAUAAGAAUGGAAGUGUAAAUAUGGAUAAAAUUGAGACUAAAUCAAUUUCAAAAUUAAAUUGUGUUACCAAAAAAGAAAUCGUGUCGCAAAUAACGACCAGUAGUAGUAAUAGUAAUAGUAAUAAUAAUAAUAAUAAUAGUAGUACCACUAAUAGUAUAAUCGAUACCAAAAUCACCGCAGCAGCAACAUCAUCAUCAUCAUCUUCACCAUCGUCGACGACGGCUGCGACGACGACGACUACGGCAAUACCGACGCCAUCGGCGAGCUCGUCUAACGCUGCCAUCACGACGACGACGACGGUCGCCAGUACCGCAAGUUCGGCCUCAUCGUCGGCGACUAAUGCUACCGCCGCAUCUACCAAUACCGCCUCGGGCGCCGCCGCAUCCUCCGGUACGGCCGCUACAACCAUUACGACCAGAGGCAAUAGCGUGAAGCAGACGCAGCAUUUAAUUAACGAUAGCGCUAUAGCAGCACCACCUCAAGAUAUCUCUCACACACAUACGGUUCCCGUCUCAGAAGAGGUAAUCAAUACUAGGAGAAAAACUAGAAGUGUGGCUAAUUCGAAUGCAUCUGACGAACUGAUAAAUAAAAGGAGAAGAAAUUCGAGAGACGGUAAAUAAACUCGUUCGAAUGGGAUUAUAAUACAUAUUAACCGUGUGAUUAUUAAACUAGAAAAUAUGAGAAAAAGAGAAAGAAGAAAAAAAAAGAAAGGAAAUAAACUAUAACCAAUCUAUUACGCGACAUCUCGAAUAGGUACCUAAUUUUUAAUAUUUAUUUCAUUCGUUAAAUAUUUUUUCACGUAUUUUUCAAUCGGCUACAUAAUAUUUCUUUCUUGUUUUGAAAAAAAUUUUCAUUUGUAUAUAAAACGAUUUUGUCUUUGCAAAUUCUUAAAAUUUUUUCUCCUUUGUUAGACUGUUUGUUGUUUUUCUCUUUUUUUGACAUUUUUGAACGUUGAGUAUGUUUGAAAUAUUCGUAUAAAACUUUAUAAGCUCG